UGUCGUUGUCGAUGUUCAUCAUCACUGUGGUGUCGGACACCAUAGUCCUACCACCUGACGAGUUCGAGCCGGGCAAGCACAUACCACAUAUACGGCGGCGAAUACAGGAGAAGUACGUGGACCGAGUUAUACCAGACGUUGGACUGGUGGUGGCUCUAUAUGACGUCAUCAGGAUCACUGAUGCUUACAUCCAUCCUGCUGACUUUCACCACCAAAAGGGAGGAGCCUUCUGCAAGGUGGCAUUCCGCUUGUGUGUCUUCCGUCCAAUGGUUGGGGAGACUAUAGUGGGCACGGUGGAUAGGUCCACAGCCACUGGGCUCUAUGUCAAGCUGGGGUCAUGGUUCAAGGAUGUGCAUAUACCAUAUGCUGAUCUGAAGGAUCCGUGCUUAUAUGAUGAACAGACUAAGCUGUGGAUAUGGCAGUAUAAGCGGGAGGAUGCCACUGAUAGUUUCUUUUACAGGCCGGGUGCGGAGAUAUGCUUCUCGGUAAAGGCAAUAGUAUUCAAUCAACGACAGGAGAACAAGUCGACGUUAGCACAAGCUGUGGCUGAGAAGGAUUCGAAGGGUCCUAGUGCACCCCUACCCCCGAUGCAGGUAUUAGGUAGUGUUGCCGGUGAUGGUAUGGGACUAACCAGCUGGUGGGCCGAGGAUUGAUGACAACUCUACAGCAACACACGUUUACUA